AUGUUCAAAGGCUUUAAGUUUGAAGUACCUAAACCGAAAGAAUUGACAGACGCUAGCCAAAAGGAACUGUCUGAACUCACUUUUCAGUUUAGUCGGAUUUCAGCAAAUGAAGGAAGUCGACUUGAAUCAUUUCAAAGUCAUCGAUCCCCACUAGCAAAUAGAUCUCGCUCAGAAACUCAAGAGAAACGACGUCUAGAAGCCUUGGAAUUCCAGAAAAAACAACGCAGCAUAACCAUAUCCAAAGCAAGACAGUUAGCACUCGGCACACCUACCGAAGAAGAAGUCGACGAAGGCGAUGAUGAGCAAGAAGACGAGGAGGAGGAAGAACAUGGAUACUACCCAAAGCAUAAAAGAGCGAGGGAUUCUGAUGAUGAAAUGGAAGAGUAUUUUCUACACGGUUCACUGAGCAUUUUCAACCGAAUUAGUGAUCAAAUCAUGUACGCAGAAAAUCUGGAAGGUAUCCCAAGCGACUUUAUCGAAAAUUGGGUUAUGAUGAUAUGCCCAAAAGGUAAAAGAUGUUUGGUAACAUCUGGCAGCGGAGAAACGAUUGCUCGUUCAAGAGCCGGUAAUAUUAUUGGACGUUUCCAGUCCAUGAUACCUAAUGGCUCAAGUUCCAAUCGUACUUCUGACUUCUGUAUUCUUGAUUGUGUGUACGAUGCUGUGCAUUGGACGUUUUAUGUGCUGGAUAUCAUGUGCUGGCGUGGAUACCCUAUUUUUGAUUGUGACACCAAUUUCAGGCAUUUCUGGCUUCAAACAAAAAUUGAACCUAGUGAAUUGGAUAGACCAAACAAUGACAAUAAAUUCUACCAAUUCAAGUCAGUGACACCUAUUUUAACAAGUGAGACACAAGUGGUUGCAAAAGAUCCAGAGGGAUUUCUCGCUAAACAAGGCCACCACUAUGAGAUUGAUGGAUUACUAUUUUAUCAUCGUCAAACCAAUUAUCGUGGUGGAAGCACACCUUUAGUUUGCUGGGUUUCUCGACAAGAUGUGCCUACAUUGUUAAAUCAUGAAUAA